GUGGAGGUGUUGGUCAACAGCAUCAGAGAGUGUGAACACUACACGACCCGCAGCCUCACACUGAAGUGUGGGAAUCAAACCCGCGUGCUGCAGCAUUACUGGUACACAUCGUGGCCCGACCAUAAAACCCCUGACUCCACGAUGCCGCUGCUGCAGCUGAUGGCCGACGUAGAGAGGGACAGACGGACGGCCGGCGCCAUGGGGCCGGUCAUCGUCCACUGCAGUGCCGGGAUUGGCCGGACCGGCUGCUUCAUCGCCACGACGAUAGGCUGUCGACAGCUGCAGCUGGAGGGAGUGGUCGAUGUUCUGAGCAUCAUCUGCCAGCUCAGAGCGGACAGAGGAGGGAUGAUCCAGACCGGCGAGCAGUACGAGUUUGUCCAUCACGCCUUGAGUCUGUACGAAGCCCGCCUCUCUGCAGAAACCGGCCAAUGAGCACGCACCACCACCACAGGACGUGUCGACUCCAACCAGGAAGUGUGCAAACAAAGCUAACCUUCUCCGGGGUCACGGACAAACCCGCGGAGGUUUUUUUUCUUCUAAGUUUGAUGGACAACAUGGACAACCAAUGAAGCGUGUUGUGGGCGGAGCCUGCCGAGUGAAGGCGGGAAGGUAAACUUCUGCAAAAGGAAUGUGUCCGUUUUUUCCUUCUUCUGCUGUUUUCUUCUUCGAGGGUUGUUGGCGCGUGAGGAACUGGACACGCCCACUUCACUCGUCUUUACUGACCGUCAAGUCGUUUCGUUUUCGAACCGACCAGACCGCCGCUUUACCUCUUCUCUGUCGUGGACACGUAGAAAUAGUCCGACUCAAAUGGAUGGUACGUUGUUGAAUAACGAUGUUUUGUUUCUGUGUCUUAUAGGAUUUUAAAAUGAUUUCUACGUGGCGUUCUUCUAGGAAAAUGACUGUUAGCGAGUUUCACACGUGGUCAAGAUACUUUUUAUCACCGCUGAGCGAAAACCUCGCCACGCUCCUUUGUGACCUCACUACUCUGUAGCCGCCCCUUUGUUAAUACGACGGUGACAAUAACAAUAGAAGUCCGAGGUUACGAUAUCCGAAAAAAACUCCUCUGCAACGUUUCUGGCGUUUGUGCCACGUUGACCGUGUUUACGAUAACGCAGAUUGUAGCGUUUUAAAACGCGUUGUGUCGUUUGAAAACAAGAAUUUAACGAGUACAGUUUUUUUCAUUUGAAAGAUAAAACCAUAACUUUGCUCUUUUUCUCGUCUUACAGAGCCGUGAAGUCACAAAUGGAGCGACCUUCAGCCAUAGACGACAUGCUAAGCUACAAGCUAACAAACCAACGUAAGGGUUAAUAAGCUCCUGCUAAGCUACUUCCUGUCGUAGCGCUAUCUAAUAAAUGCUAACUCUA